AAUAUAUAUAUACCCUCCUCUCCGCAUCUCUAUAACCCUCUCUAAAAAAUCCUUUUAUAAGAAUGAGCUGCAAUGGCUGCAGAGUCCUCCGCAAAGGCUGCGUCGAUAACUGCACCCUCAGACCCUGCCUCGAUUGGAUCGAAUCACCUGAAUCUCAAGCCAACGCCACUCUCUUCCUCGCCAAAUUCUACGGCCGCGCCGGCCUCAUCAACCUCAUCAAAUCCGGCCCCUCCCACCUCCGUCCAGAUAUUUUCAGGUCACUCUUGUACGAGGCCUGCGGCCGGAUCAUCAACCCGGUCCACGGCUCGGUCGGCCUGAUGUGCUCCGGCGACUGGCCGCGGUGCCAGGCGGCGGUCGAGGCUGUCCUACACGGCAAGCCGCUCGCCGCCUCAGACGAGCUGCAUAGCUGCGACAUCCGCCACCUCUCCAAGGACGCUCGCCGCGGCCGGAUCCGGAGCAGGUCGAAGCGGGCCGGGGCGGACGCGGAGAGCCGAGGCGAGACGAAGUUCACGAUCACGGGAUGGGACGAGGAUCGGAAGGGUUUCGAAGUGAAGAGAGCGCGGAGCCACGAUUCGUACUCGGUCGAAACGGUCGAGCCGGCUCUGGUGAACCGGGGUGAUGUUAAACCGGAGUCAGAGGAGAUCGGGCUGGAGUUGACCUUGGGAGGCCCGAAUUUAGUGAUGGGUGCAGUCAUUGAGAUUUCCGACGGUGAAAACUGAUGUGGAAAGUAAAUUGAAGAGGAACUUAGUAGAAAAAACCCCAGUUUUGGAGGACUAGUUUUUUUUGGGAAACACAAAGAAUGUAGAUUUUAGAAGAAUUGUAGUAGUAAAAUGCAUGAAUUAUCUCAUUGAAAUGAGGUAGUUUUUCUAGCAAGAAUUGGGGAGUUUUAGUGUAUAUUUGAUUAUGAAAUAAUUGAUGUUUUGAAUAUAAACAUGAUGGCAACUUGUAAUGUGAUAAAUUACUCUCCAAUUUCAUUGGCUUAUUAUUAUAUUCGAAAGGCAUUGUUAUCUAUUGAUGUUUCCGAGUGGAACAAA